AUGCUAUCUGUAGUGGAUACAUUCUUUAACGACAACAGAAAAAUCGGAAUCAUCCUAAUUACGACUGGAUGCAUCCUGCUGACCCUGGGAGUAGUCUUUCUCUUCGAUCCCGCACUAUUGGCGAUGGGGAACAUUCUCUUUAUUGGAGGGAUGCCCUUCGUUUUUGGUUUUAUGCGGUGUCUUCGGUUCUUUAACCCGUUGGAAAAUAGUUCCAAAUGGAAAGGUGUUGUCCCAUUCUUUGGAGGUGUCUUUCUGGUUCUUAUGAAGUGGCCUGUUUUUGGAAUGUUGCUGGAGAUGUACGGAAUCAUUCGAUUGUUUGGGUCUUACUUCCCUAUGAUAUUUACCAUGUUGCAUCAAGUGCCUGGUCUCGGCAGUCUGCUCGACCGCAUCCCCUUUAUCAAGGAUUUUGUGUCUUCAGCUGCAGCCCAUGCUCCCAAGUAUCCUAACGUGUAAUUUGUUUAUUGGUGGUUAAA